AUGCUAGAUUACGGAGACGUAAUUUAUAGAUCGGCAGCUUUUGGACUGGAGUCAUCACCUGACAGCUGCUGUUUCAGCUUCUCCGAAAGUAGAGUGCCCUACAAGAAGAUCGACUCCAUCCAGAAGACUCACAGUGGAUGCCCCCUACCAGCAUUUGUGGUCAAAACUGUUGAGGGCAGAGUGAUUUGCUUCAAGUCGAGUGUGCCGUGGGUACAGAAAGCCUUCAACCGGGUCAAGCAGUCAGCAGCUGUGGCCAAAGGUAGCGGCAUUGGGGGUAGCAGUCAUCCUUGAUAGCCUCCUCAUCAUGACUCAAGACUCACAAGACUACUCCAUAAUCAACAUACAAGCAAAGGCAAAGAGUUUUAAUGUAGCUCACUGGAUGGCACCAAACUUUUGGUUAUUAUAAAUUAUUUCUUCAUGUUUUACUGUAUAUGUCCACUUUUUUUACUAUGAAAACCUUCUGGACUAUUUCUUAUAACACGUUUUAAGAGUAAGAGACUGACUGACAUGUUUAUCACUUAGAAUACAGCAAUUACUAUUUUGCAAUAUAUGGAAUUGGGAUAGGAGAGUGUUAGGAUGUACAUGCAUGUUUUUGUGUGUGUGAAUACUGUAUGUGAGAAUCCACUGCUUAAAUAAAAUGAGAGAAAACAUUUGACUUAAACAUAACCGUCUCAUCUUUAAUAUUAAUAAUGUACAGUUAGAUAGAGAGAACAGAUGAUAAUAAAAUGAAGAACCGAAUGAAGCUGAAAAGUGUACAUAUAAAAAACAACUCCUAAAGUUAUGACUACCUUUAACAGGGGUUUCUAGGAUAAGGGAUUGGUUAAAGUACUAUUUAGGAAAAGUUUGUUUCAGAACUUAGCUCAACUGAGCCUUUUACUGAGCAGUGUAGGUUGGGUCAAAGGUUUUCUUCUGUUAAUUCACAGGGAUUUUGAGUUUGUAUUCAGUUGUGAAGCAUAUAACAAUUUAGUCAUUUCCAUUAUGAAUGUGAACCAGAGAAUGAGUACAGAGGUUAGAUAUUAGAUGUGUGUAUGUGUCUGUGUCCCUUUUGCAUGUCUUCGAGUGCAUCUGUUAAGAUUCUACAGGUUUGCAAAAUCAAGACUAGGCUUAUGAACCACUUACUGUAAUGAUCCUACUGGGUUUAAGAAAUCUUAGUUCUCCAACCAUACAUACAUUAUAUAUUAAAAUAAAACUUGACGUUUCUCUGAGCGGUAAGGGUUUUGAGGUGCCACACAGUGUGGCUCAGUGUUAAGAGUCUCACCAUGCGUUUGGGGCAAACCCAUGCAUAUAGAGCUUUCGGCACAUUCUUUAGAACAAGGGACGAGACAGGGAGAGAGGACAAGGGAUAGAUAGGGCUUUAGGUUUAGGCCUUCCACAAAGUCCAUCACUUCACAAUAUAAAACAUCAUCAUAAUCACAGUUAUCAUUGGUUUUAGACACCCAUGCGAUUUGUGUAAUAUCAUCUAUAUAAUAGGGACAUGAUUAUCUACUUCAGUAUCCAGAUAAUGUUGCUAUGACUGUCAAUGUUCCUGUUACCGUUACAUGUGUUAUAUUAGUAAAAAUCGGAGGCAUGGUUCUGAUUUCAUUAUCAGGCAUUAUCUAGGACCUCAAACACAUAGUUUACAGUUAUACACACACAGGCACACACACAGACACACAUUUGAGAUAGGUCAUCCUCUUUCCUGAACCUGGCUUUUUCAUCUUGACUUGGCUUUUCACUGUCAUCAUUCCACACAAUUAUUUUCCUGUUUCUUGUACACUCCGACCUGACUCAAACCCUUAAUGAUCACCUACACCGACCCCCG